AAUGUUUGGACUGUUGGAGUUUAUUUCAGUGUCUGGUCAUUCUGUGACCCUGUGAAUUCUCCCUUUUGUCUCCUAUUCCAAGGUUGAAUAUUUUAUUCUUUUUAAUUAUUGCAAAUGUUCAAUCUAGUCAUGCUUCAUAUUUCGAUUUCCCCGAGCAAUAUUUUAACUCAUCACUCUUGUCAUUAGAGGGCGUCAUCUUCAGACCGUGUCAGACCUGGUCCCACAGAUGACUGUACUCAGGGGAACUGCUGCUGCUGCCGCCGCGCAUGCGCACUACUGAAACUCACGGCCGUGGAUCCUCACACCGCAGCAACUGCAGAUAUUCCAUGUCAGAUUGGAAGGAGAGGGAGCAGGGAGGACGAAACACGGGGGGAGCAGCGCGUAAAGGCCACGAGAGAGGGAUGGAGACCCGGUGUGAGGAGCAGGAGGAGGGCUGAAGUGACUCCUUUCUUUCUUUCCCUUUUUUUUAUUUACUUAGUCUUGAUCCGCAUAUGCAACCUGCCCGUAAUCCCAUCUAUGCCUCUAAUCCCCGUUUAUUCGAUCGUUUCCUCAGAGGUGGAUCCACACUGACAGCCUGGUGAGUGCAGACAGGAUGGAGUGAAAGAGCCAGCACAACGCAGGAUGCGCAUCUCCAGCCUGACCAGGAAGAAGACCAAAAACCCCGAGUGUCUUCCAGGCGUCGCCUGUCAGAGACUUCCCUCGGUGCCGUGGAUUGAUCCCUUCCUACAUCCCCGUGCUGCUGCUGGAGUAUAAUGGAGAGCUCCAAUGGCUCUGGGGGUGAGCACAAACCGCAGAACCACCAGGUGGAGAAGAAGAGGCUGAACCGAGCACCGUCCCCGGCCAGACCGUCCCUCAAGGAUGUGCACCCCCGCUCCACUAAACCACCUGCCAUCGUCCCCAAGUCCCCCAAACUCAAGCAGCAGCAGCAGCAGUCUGCCUCCGUGCCCUCAUCGCAUCCCAAAAGCAUCUUCCGGCGCACUCCUCGGGCCAAGGAGAAACCAGCUGCCGUGAAAAGUAGCCCCAAAUCCCCUGUGGUGAAAAAGCCCACCAAGGGACCCCAUCAUGCAGCAGCUGAGGCCAAACCCACGAGCCCCAAACCGGACAGCACCAGCAGCCCGACUCUCGCCAAAGGCAAGAAGGAGAAACCAGCCUCCCCCGGCCCGCACAGCCAAGUAUCUCUGAUCCGGGUACCGACCGGAGUGGCUCUCGCCCGCGUCAGUCAGACGGACAGCAGCUCGGAUCUGUCAGACUGCCCCUCUGAGCCGCUGUCAGAUGAGAACAGACUGGCGCCGGCCGCCAGUAGCGACGCCGAGUCCGGUACCGGCUCCAGUGACCGGGACCAGCAGGGAGCCGAGAACCCGCUGCGGCCAGAGGCCACAGGAGCGGCGGCUGCUGCCGCUGCUGCUCUGCGCACAACAGAAGCUUCUGCAACCGCCAAGGAAAGCAUGUCUCAGGCUCAGCCCGCUCCGGGGGCGCACGGUGAUAAACACAAGCAGAAACAGGCAACAAGCGCACAAUUCAAACUGCCAGCCACCAGAGAUCCAGCCGAGGAGGAGCUGCUGCGAGAGAUCGAAGAUCUGAGAUCAGAAAACGACUACCUCAAGGAUGAAGUGGACGAGCUGCGAGCAGAGAUGGAGGAGAUGCGUGACAGCUACCUGGAGGAGGAGGUCUAUCAGCUGCAGGAGCUGCGCAGGGAACUCGACCGAUCCAACAAGAACUGCCGCAUCCUGCAGUACCGCCUUCGAAAGGCGGAGCAGAAGAGCCUGCGGGUCGCACAGACGGGACACAUGGACGGAGAGCUGCUCCGUAGUCUGGAGCAGGACUUGAAGGUGGCCAAAGACGUGUCUGUGCGUUUGCACAACGAGCUGGAGAGCGUGGAGGACAAACGCAGCCGAGCCGAGGACGAGAACGAGCUGCUCAGGCAGAAGAUCAUCGAGGUGGAGAUUUCCAAACAGGCACUGCACAACGAGCUGGAGCGGACCAGAGAGACUGUUCUGAGGAGACGGGGGAGCAGAGAAACAUUUAAGGACAAAAAAUACACAAGUCAGGAGGACAGCGCAGACCUCAGGUGCCAGCUCCAGUUUGCCAAGGAAGAAUCCGGCCUAAUGAGGAAAAAGAUGGCCAAGCUUGGCCGAGAGAAGGACGAACUGGAGCAGGAGCUGCAAAAGUACAAGUCCGUCUACGGGGACGUGGACAGUCCACUGCCUCUGGCUGAAUGCUCCGGCGGAGGCCCUCACACCACACGAGAGGCUGAGCUGAGAUUACGACUCAAGCUGGUGGAGGAAGAGGCCAACAUCCUGGGCAGAAAGAUCGUGGAGUUGGAGGUGGAAAACCGUAGCCUGAGGGCCGAGAACGAGGACAUCCGCUGUCAGUAUGAAAGGGACUGCUUCGGCCGGGAGCCCUUCUCCAGCAUGCCUUCAUCGCCAUACGGUGGUGACUCGCUGGAAUCUGCCAGUGAGCUACGCCGGCAUCUCCAAUUUGUGGAAGAAGAAGCUGAACUUCUACGUCGCUCAAUUUCAGAAAUAGAGGAUCACAACCGACAGCUGACCUCUGAACUUAACCGCUUCAAAUUCGGCCCCAGCAGUAGUCUAGGGCCAGUGGGUGAGGAGGGCGGUGACGCUGGACUGUACAAACCAGGCAACGGGAACGGCAACGGUUCCAGCGGGAUGAUGUUGGAGGAGCUAAAAUCAGCCAGGAUGCAGAUCAACGAGCUGAGUGGGAAAGUGAUGAAGCUGCAGUACGAGAACCGUGUCCUCAUGUCCAACGUCCAGCGCUGUGACCUGGUGGCACACAUCGGCCUGCGCACCGGCAGCCCCCGAGAUAGCGACGCAGAGAGCGACACGGGGCGGCGGGAGUCUGCUGAGGAAGAGGAGGCGGGAAGACUUCUUCUUCUCCAUCCUAAGAGAGAGGGACCUAUUGGAGGAGAGAGCGACUCUGAAGACAUGUUCGAGAAGACCACAGAAAACACCUCAGGGUUCGUUAGCAUCAAACCAUCAGACAUCACCGAGCUCAGCACCGCCGAGUUGGCCAGCCGCCGGCGGGAGGAGCGGGAGUCGCUGAGCAACGUCAGACGAGAGGCCGAGAGGCUGGGGAGGUCGGUGGAUCGUCUGAUCACAGACACAGACAGUUUGAUGUUUGAUGGCCGGCUGAUGGUGACAACGGGCGAGAGCCUGAAGGAAGGGGCAGCGGCAGGUUCCAAACCAGACACCCAGGCCCUGGAUGCCAUCAACAGCCGGAUGAAAGCUUUUCGCACUGAGCUGAACGUCUUCCUGGAGAAGCUGGAGCACGUAGGGGAGGGGCUGAGAGAGAGGACAGAUGACUUGUCCCCUAUGCCAAACCUCACAGAGUCCAGCAGUUUCCUGUCCACCGUCACCUCCAUGUCCCGCGACUCUCCCAUCGGCACCUUUGGAAGAGACCUGGCCACGGACUUCCAGUCUGUUCAGAGAGAUGAGCUGGAGUGGCAUCUAGGACAGGAGCGAGGAGUGGAGCCCCAGAGCAAGAGCCAGGGUUGGGGCCAGCCCCAGAGCAGGGGAGCUGCGGGACUCACUAGGUACAACAGGCCCCUGGCUUUAAGAGCAGAGCUCCGGGACGCCCCGACCCCUGACGUCAGUUUUCAUCUUGAUCACGAACAAAAACCACGAGCACUGACAGAGGAACCAGGGGGCGUUGUUCCUCAGCCUCAGGAUGAGGACCUGUUGCGUCUGGAGGCCCAGCGUGGGGCUCUCCAGCUGCAGGGGCUUCAGAGUCACGAGGUUCCCUGGACUCAGGAGAGGACAAUGCUCCAGCAAGAGGUUCGUCUGUUCAGACGCAACACCGUCAUCAUCUACAUGAAGCUCAGGUGGAUCCUCAUGCACUGGAGGCUGGCACGCAAAGGAGACGGCGGCGAGGAGGCGGUUCUACCUGAGGUGGGUUUUCAGGCUCAGUCGAUUCUGCAAACCUGCUGGUUUGGACAGUUUUUUGAUACUGACAUCUUCCAGUUUGACAAGUUGGAGAGCCUCCCAGAUGUGGGGGUGGUAAUGGGGCAGGCAGAGGGGGAGUCGGACCAGGAGGACAGACUGUGUCUACCACCAACUCCAGGAGAUCUUCCAGACCCUGGGGCCAUCAGUCCUCAUGAUCAGCACCUGCAGCACCAAAGACAGUUGAGGGAGAACCGCCGGGUGCAGCAGGCCCUGCGGACGCUGCUGGAGGAGUUUCGGGAGGAGCUGCAGGAGGAGGAGUCGUGGCGGUGGCAACUGCAGCAGUCCUAUGCCAAUGACAAAGCCGCCUGGGAGGUCAAGUGGGCAGAGAUGAAGUGCCAGGUUGCACAGUUGGAGCAGGAAGCCAGAGGUCAAGUGCGAGGUGAAGCACAAGGAAGUACAGGGGAGCCUUUAGUUGACCCAGAGUGGACGUUGAAGCAGGAGCGCGAGGAGCAUCGGCAGCUGCUGGCUGACAGCCACAGCACCUCCUUGGACCUCCGCUGGAAGCUGCAGCACGGGGAGAAGAAGUGGAGCUGCGAGAGGGCAGAGCUCAUGGAGCGCUUUGACCAGGAGAGGCAGGAGUGGAGCUGCAGCAUGAGAGAGCUCCACCACAAGAUGGAGAAGAUGCAGCAGGAGCUCAAAAGUCUGCACGGCGACAGCAGUGAUGUCAAAGAUGGAGGUUCAGGCACCAGAGGCGCCGUCCAACCUCAGGACCCUCUCAGCAACCCACGCUCCCCCUGUACGUCGACCCCUCUCCUGGCCCCCGCCACACGUUCGUACUCAGACUCCGAGGCCAUGCUGGAGGAACAGGGGGCGGCGAUGAGGCUGAAAGGGCCAACGGAGAGCCUCUUCCUGGAUGCUCUAUCUCUGGACCCUCUCAGCCUGGAAGUCCCUCCACCCUCCAGACUUGAGAGUGAGAAGAGGUUCCCCUGCAUGAAGGAGGCCCUUGAUGAGAUUUCAGAGAGAGAAGCCGCUCCUGUGUUCCCAGAGGAGGAGAUGAGCGGUGGGAGUCUGCUCAGAGCAAAGUCGGUCUGCUCCAUGAGUGACUUCCAAAGACUAAUGGACAGCUCCCCGUUCCUUCCUGACAAAGCUCACCCAGGGGAUCAAGGCCAAGAUGACAUCACUCCACCUCUGUCCCCGGACGACCUCAAGUACAUCGAGGAGUUUAACAACAAGGGUUGGGACUUCCCACUGGCCACCUCGGGCUCAGGUCCGUCUCGACAGGAGUGGACAGAAACCACUUCAGACGCUCGGGGAGGAGAAUCCAUUCCUGAUCCAUUCCAGCCAGCCUCCUGGUUCCUCACCACCAGCGCCACAAUGACCACCAGCACCCUCAGCAGCCCUGAGCACUGCCACAAGUCCCCCCGCAAGGGCAACGAAGCAGGGCCUGCAGGGGUGGGAGUGGAGCACUAUGGGGUUCACAUGCUCCACAGCCCCACCAGAGCUAGAGCUGGUGAACAUCACACUCUCCAGGACCCAGAAAUCCUCUAUGCCAAAGGGACCAAAACUAGGGGCGGAGGAGAGGCGGCGUUAGGAGCCACCGGGCCAGAUGAGGUGUUCAGCAGUGGGAGGUGGCCGUGUGGUCUUUUAGAGACUGGAGCGCUGAUGACCUCUCCUAGUCAGUCACCUAUCUGUCCCACUGUGGGCUUCACAUCGUCUCUGGAGCUUCAACUGUCCCGGAACAUGAGCGAUGAUAUGAAGGAGGUGGCCAUCUCCGUCAGGAACGCCAUCCGUUCUCCACCCGGGCCUGCGGUGCGGGACAUCGCCUGCCAGACCAAUGGCUUUACCACACGGGGAACUCAGACCACCCAGACCAUCAGUGUGGGUCUGCAGACAGACCUGCUGAGGAAUCUGACCAGCAGCCCACACCGCUGCCUUACACCCAAGGGUGGAGGUACACCCAUCUCCUCCCCGUCACGCAGUCUGAGGAAGGUGCAGUACUCCCCCGUGAUCCAGAGUAAGUUUGAAAGACCCUGCUGCUCACCAAAGUAUGGCUCCCCCAAACUGCAGCGCAAAAUGUCAACGUCCAGUAAAACUGAGCUCCCCAACACUAGCCGCGCCCCCACCCCGACCACGCCCCAGAAGGGCAACAGUGAGUCAGCGUGGGCCCGCUCCACCACCACCCGGGACAGCCCUGUCCACACCACCAUCAACGACGGCCUCUCCAGCCUCUUCAACAUCAUCGACCACACUCCUGUCAGUUACGACUCCAUGCAGAAGUUCAACAAGUCCCCCAGUCGCUCCCGGCCCUCCCCACCCUCCACCACGGAGCCCAGCCCUCCUCAAGGGGCCCUCGCGACAGACCGAAACGUGCAGGAGUGCUUGCGGACAGUCCGAGGGCGGUCGCCGAGCCCCGUGCAGCUGAUAGUGGAGACUCAGGGGGAGAAGAAUCCAGAGGUGGUGGUGAGCAUACGACAAGACCUGUCGGCCCCGCCGGGCUACACACUGGCUGAGAACGCAGCCCGCAUCCUCAAUAAGAAGCUGCACGAGCAGAACUGUAGAGAGGAGCGGAGGCUGCAGGCCGGAGCACCGAGCAGCCACAGCAGGGACGGCAGCAGGCCGGCCGACCCAGACAGAGGACAGUCAGGAUGUAUGGAGGACCUGCCUCGCUCUCCUGUGGCUCCGCCCCUGGACUCUUGCUUCUUAAGACCGGCCCGGCCGGCCAAUCGCAGGCCACCGUCGCGCUGGGCUGCCCGCUCCCCCUCCCCUUCCCCGAAGAUGAGAGAGGGCUCGAAGAGGAGGUUCACCUUCCCACCACUGGGACAUCGGAAGACCAAGGAGGGGGAGGAGCCGGCAUGAACGCAUCCUCUACCUCCUCCAAACCUCCACCUCAGCCUAAAAAAAAAAGACUCAGUACCUCAGAAUCCUUCUCCCCUGUCUGGACUCCUUCAGAGGCAGAGCUCAACGGGAGGUGUUGGGAUCCACCCAGUAGCACCAGCUGACCAAGAAACCAGAGUGGAAUGAACUGGGAAAAUCACAAAGGCCCAUGAAAAGACUCUGAACAAAUGAGAACUACAUUUCCAUCAGAGGUGCCUGCCCACACUGGAGCUAACCAUCACCCACGUCUGUGUGUCCGAAUGUUUUUAUUACAUAAAUAUAUUUUAACAACUCUAAUGGCUGCACCGUCAGCUGUGCAGUCGAAUGUCUGUGAGUGAAUCGACAAAUGCUUCAACUAAUUAACGAGUUACAAAUCCAAAGGUUACUGAUGGUUUGUGUCCUGAAUCCUGAAUGGCCGCAUGGUGGAGGAGCGGUUAGUGCGGGAAGGCCGCUGUUUCAAACCCUGGUGGUCACUGAAGGUCUGAUGAGUUUGUGGGGAGGGGAGUUAAAACAGGCAGGAUUACAUGGUGUGAAUGUGGGUGUGAAUCGUCGUUUUGUUUCUGUACCUGGUCCUGACCAAUUUAAAAAAAAGAUCCCGGGUUUAUUUACAAAUUGCUUUUCAAUCCCAGAUCUACAGAAAAUUUCAUCCAAAUCCUGAUUUACAUCCAUAAUCACACGACUCAAUCCAUUCCUACUGUCCAGCCUCGUAGAUUAGAGGUUUUUUAAAGUCUCAGUGGGAGAAAGAACUGACACAGAUAAUUAAACAACAAACAAAACAUACAAAAAAAAGCUGUGCUUCGGGUGUGAAGCAGACACAUGAUGUCAUUUCUGAUGCAUUUUUACAUCCUGAUGAAUGUCCGGCUCCUUGAACAUGGGUGAAGACCAACUGAAACAAACUUAUGCAUACUUAGAAGGCAGUUGUACAAAUAUUAGAGUAAUAUUUGCAUGCCUUUUGAACAAUAGCAUGUACAUAAGAGCUUUGGCAAUCGCUCAGCUCCACCACGAGGGAGACGGAAAACAUGUUUGUGAAUGUUGAGCUGAUUGUUUUGGGUUUUUUUUAUCAUCUGUUUUAAUUAUGGAAAUUAAAAAUCUGUUUUUAAGUAAAUUAUUGUAUUUACCAUACUGUAUUUGUAUAGUUGUUACUACAAAAAUGUACAUCUUGAAAAAGAAAAAGGGAUUGUGAGAAAAUAAUAUGAAUGUUUCAAGAGAGAAGUCUAUGUCUAGAAAUCUAUAGUCUGAUGUAAAUGAUAAAUGUAAUAAACAUGAAUGUGUAUUUAUAAGACAUGCACCGCAUAUGUGUUUGUGUGCAUAUAUGUAUCAGUGUAGGCUGUGGGAUUAGAGCAGGGUCAGAGGUCAUACACACCACGUAAAAUAAAAAAAAAUUACAUUUCCUCUGAAGCUAUGUAUGUCUACGGUGGAAUAAGUUAGCUUUCACCAGAGAACUCAAGUUCUGACUGGCUGCCAGAGGAACAUCUGACAGAGUUAAUGAUAAAAUAUUCAUAUUGGACCCGCUGAUGGCACACAGUGACUUGGUGGAGAGAUGAAGAGGCAAAUGCCCUGCUUUUGCUUCCACUCGUCUUAAGAGGAACCAACCACCAGUGAAUAAUUUACACCAACAUUCUAAAAACACACGCACGACCUCUUUGA